AAUGGUAUUGGCUGUUAAAUCAAUGCCAUUGAUUGCGUUUGCCGUGAAAGCCUUACCCCUUUUCAACCACAAUGGAGUCUAGAGAGAUUUACUCCCCUACUACUAAUUCUUACCUUUAAAUUAAUUCGGGUUAUAUUCAGCCUAUAUUUCCCGUUCAUUGCCAACAGUGAUUUGACAUAUUUGUGGCUCAAUUGCGGCAAAAAUUGCAGUUUCUAAAAGCAUAUAUUUGUUCUUAGCUGGCUUCAAUCAGGAAAUUGUUUCAGGCUAUGUAGCACUAAUCUCAUUUUGUCAUUCAAACGCUGCAUUUUUGUUUGGUGAAAAACGACCAACCAAAUUAAGGCAUGACUGAGUAUAAGCUUGUUGUGGUGGGUGCUGGAGGUGUUGGAAAGAGUGCCUUAACUAUCCAGCUCAUCCAGAAUCACUUUGUGGAUGAAUAUGACCCCACCAUCGAGGACUCGUACAGGAAGCAGGUGGUGAUUGACGGAGAGACGUGUCUGCUGGACAUCCUGGACACAGCAGGUCAGGAGGAGUACAGCGCCAUGAGGGACCAGUACAUGAGGACAGGGGAAGGCUUCCUUUGUGUGUUCGCCAUCAACAACAUCAAGUCCUUUGAGGAUGUUCACCUGUACAGAGAACAGAUCAACAGGGUGAAGGACAGUGACAGUGUGCCUAUGGUGCUGGUGGGGAACAAGAGUGACCUGGGGAGUCGGAGCGUGGAGAGCAGGCAGGCUCAGGAGCUGGCCCGCGGCUAUGGUGUGCCCUUCGUGGAGACCUCUGCCAAAACCAGACAGGGCGUGGAGGAGGCGUUCUACUCUCUGGUCAGAGAGAUCAGGAGGUAUAAGGAAACCAACCGCAGCAACAAGAAGAGCAAGAAAAGCACUCAGAGACGUUGCACCAUUCUAUAACCCCACACACACACUGCACACUGCACAUAGCCCAUAACCCCCCCACACACUGCACAUAGCCCAUAACCCCCCCACACACUGCAGUUCCUUUACCACAUGGGAGAUGUUACCUCUCGUAUUGACAGGGGAUCUGGAAUGGUGAACGCAUCAAGUUCCACUUUCUGUCAUUAGUGUCGUUACCGUAGUAACGGAAACUUCACUUCCUGUUGCUUCUCAUUGGCUGCUCCAUUAGAAUUGUGACUUCAGUUUGUCCACGUUGUUUUCUGACAAUUGUAACAAGAAACUAGAAGUUGUAGCAUUGAAGAGGGGAUUUAUAGACUGGGUUUAAAGCCGCCAUCUUCGGUUGGUUUAAAUAUGAACGUCACUUUACUGCCCCUAGUGGUAAAUAUCUGAAGAGUAAUUAAUUGAUUAAUUAAUGGUGCAAGUCUCAUAGCUACACAUUCCAAAUGAUCAUCUUGUUUAUUGUUUCACCCUAAGGGGUGAAAAAAUGAUUUUUGGUCUUUGCCAACGUGUUCUGCAUUGCAAGAAGCCAGUGUAGGCUAGCUUUCUUCCAUUCCAAUGUAGUUUUCUCUUCAGUAUUUACACAAGUGGCAAUCUCUGUUAUUCUUUUUUUUUUACGAUUCAGCAGGGUUGUAAUAGAGAAGGUAUUUUGGUCCUCACUAGCCUCCCUCUCACUUUCUGUAUUUAAAAAAAAUCCAAUCAGAGUCGAAGGCCACAACUCACUGGGUAACGUUUACAUGGGCAGCUCAAUUGGGAUUUUUCCUUUUUUUCUCCCAAUUAUUGGCAAAAGAGCUGAUCUGAUUGGUCAAAAGACCAGUUAGUGAGGAAAAUAUCAGAAUUAGGCUGCCUGUGUGAACACGGCCUUAUACUGUUGCCAUUUCUAUAGGAUCAUGUCCAAUUAGUUAGGCUAGCUGUUCAGUGUCCUAGCUUGAGGUCCAUUAAAGUUGUUGCACAUGAACAUGUCUAUUGUGACUUCUGAUCACCAGAUUCCAUUUUGUUGUUCGUCGUGUGGUAUUAUUUCAGAUACAAAUUCUGGAUGUGUUCCAAUGUCCAUGCUAGCAUACUCCUUAGUGCAUGCCCAAUAAGUUUCAUGCUAAGUGGCAUGGUGGUUUAGUGGUCAGGAAUUUGAGCUGAAUGAUCUCAAAACUCUAUCGGCCUUUGCAAAUGAGUAAUGUGUAAUUUGCUAAUAUCUCUAGCUUUACAUUCUUAAUAGCUGAAGCCAGGGACUUUUCCCCAAGAGGUUGAAAUAGAACGUAUCAGAGAAAACGUGAUUCUCUUCUGUGGAGAUCGAAACAGCAUUCAUUCUAUACAAUGUAUUUCAAUCUGCAACAUUUGAAUUAUUUCAGUCCACAGGUAUCUGAAGUGUUAGACAAGAGCAUCGGGGGACAAAAACAGGUAUUUACACUGAAAGGUGUCAGACCAACACUUUGAGGGAAAACAUGCUGUUUUAUUGGUUGGAAUUAUGCUAAAUGUGGUCAUUUAAAUGUGGUCAUGUGGUCAAACGACUGAUGUAAUAUGUGGGCUGAGGUGAACCCACAAUGACCCUGGUGUUGCCAGCAGGAUGAGCAGAGGAAGAAUCCCCCUAAAGAUGCAGUAGUUACUGAGUGUAACCUAUAGGUGUCUAUGGUAGUGUUACAUUGCCCAGGCCUGUGCAACAGUACCAU